ACAACCAGGCCAAAUCAGUCUUGGCUGCUUUGUCAGUUUAACGGCCGCGUCGGAAGGGAUGACAUAUGGAACCACAACAUCUGUACGAUAGUUCCGGUUCCGCUAUUUUGUAAACACGUCAUUUUUCCCAAAACUGCUGACUUUAUUCCAUUUUCUCUUCUUUUCGUGAACUUUAAACAACAAUCAUUGAUCCAGACGCUGACGCCGAGGUGUACGAAGAGGAGAUGGAGCAGCCAGGGUCUGGAGGGGCUGCUGGGGAAGGCCCACAGGCACAGACCGGGUUCCAUCAAGCAUCAAACAUGGCAUUUGUGCUAGAGUUUAUGCAGAGCUAUGGAUGGGUCAUUAUGAUAGCUGGCAUUGUCGCUUAUUUCAUCUAUAAGAAAGUUCAAGAACGUACCGGCCGCUCAGGACCAAACCGAGAAGGUCUGGAGUAUGAUGCAGAUACGGCAUUCCGCCGCCAGGAGGCUAUGGAGCGUGUUCGUCUGAAAUGGCAACAAGAGCAUGAUGCGAAUGCUGCGAAAGCCGAGGAGGCUAAAAAACUGAAAGAAGAGCAAAAGCGCCAUGAACGUAUUGAGGAUUGGGAGAGGCAUCAAGAGGGCAGGGGUUAUAGAAGUAAAGUCUACACACCGAAAGAAGAAGAAGCUGCUACCGGUUCAACAAAACCGAAACCAAAGGGAAAGCCAUUGAGAUCUCCAGACUAUAAUCCUCUGAUGGGUGAUGGUGGAUCUUGCGCUUGGCGGCCGGCCCGGUCUGGAGGUGGUGGCGGUGGAUGAGGUUAAGCCCCGUGCACAAGGACCAAUUCUGGCUGGAGAUAAGGGGGCCUACGAAGACUAGUAAAUAAAUGUCACUUCAUCAGAAUAAAAGUAGAUUUGAUCUUGUGUUAUUUAAUGCAAUUGACAUUAUGACAGGGCGUCUCUGAAAAACUGCAAAGGUUGUUAGUCACCAUAACACCAUUUCAGAGAUGUCGUGUUUUCAAACGUAUUUAGUUGCCCUCCAGACAGAAUUGUAAUGUGCACAUUUCAAGAUCCUCUCAUAAUUAUGUUGGAGACAGUUGAAUGACCCUUUUUAGAUGACAUCACCUUCUCAAUUUAGAUUCCAAUGCCUUGAAAAGUUUUUUUGAAUAGUCUUGUUUGUCGGCGUGACGUUAUCCAACCAGAUUGAGUCUCCCUGUAUUCAACAUAAUGAUGUCAGGCAUUAACGUGUCAGGCUGCAGACCACAUCAGUACCUCAUUACUUCAUCUUGUGUCUCUUUGUUUUUUUCAUGUGCAUGUACUCAAGAUAUAAGCAGGGGAUUAUGAUUCAGGAAUCAUCCAACCAAGGCUGAAAUCUUACAUAAAUGUGAACCCAUACACUACUUCUUCAACUUAGGAAAUGAGCACCCCUGUAAAGGACAUGCCAUUCUAACCAUUAGACAACUUAGUGCCCCCCCCCCCCCCACUACUGACAGUCAAUCCCGAUUGAACAUAUUGAAUAAUACCAAACUGCAUUGUGCAUAGUAUCUAGUAGGGCUUAGUUUGAAUAUUCAAGUACAGUCUUAGACUUUUGAAACAAGAGUUUCACCAAAUAAUCAUGAACAUUAGUAGCCACUACCAACAGAAUGAUCUAGCAUAAUACUAAUAGAUAACAUGACUGUUUUACUGCAAACUCUUUGAACAACUCUUAACCUCGUCUGUUAUCGGUUAUAUUUGAAAUGAUACCAUGCUAUUUGACUGCGUAGCUUUUCUUAAAGGUCCCUCUUUGCUUCUAUCAUUAUCACCAUUAUCUUGCUUCACAUUUACCUAGUCAAGAGUCAACUGAAGUGUCCGUUCGUGAGUCCGCCCGUUAAAACUAUGCAACCGUCAACACUGCUGAUUAAGUGGCCUUCACGAACAAGAGUUCAAUUGUGCGGCACCUCUCCUCUUGCAUUUGACAGUAAUGCCAUCUAAUGACAAAAUGAAAAACUAAUAAUGUGUCUCUUUGACAACCGCACUCUGCAGUACCGGCACUUUCACUCACAUACUGAGUGUAUACUCACACUGGUCCUUGUACACAGUGCAGCAGAUCAGAUAUUUGAAAUAGACUCGUUGAAGCCCUUGUUUUGGCAUUUUGCAUGGGUACAUAGGACCAGUGUGGCUCUCUGCCUUGUUGCGUCUCAAUAUCCUUGUAGUCUGGGUACUUGUACAUUCUCAAUGUGGAAACAGUUGCUGUGAAUUGUUGUAUCAUUUUAACGAGUAUUUUUUACUUGGCAGUAGCUAUAAUGUUGACAACACGUGCCCAAAUUUGAAUUAUGCUUCUGUGAAUUGUUCAGAUUUCAAAUUUGGGUGUAAGUGCUGACUUGUACUGAUGUGGUCCCUAUGACAUUGAGGCUGGAAAUGACCUCUGGUCAGCAGUCUCAGUUGAUGUAUGCAGCUUUUUAUCAUCUCUAUGUCAUCUGUAUUAUUAUCAUAUCAAGAAUAAUAUAUUCAUAAUAAUAAAGGAAUAUA